AUAGGAUGCCUCAUUUACUUGCUCUCAAAACAGCAUGCCUGGGAGUGUGGGUAACAAAGCACGCAGGACAGUAAGACUGAGGCCAUUGCUCCAAGAAACAGGGGGCACAAAAAUGAUUUGGGAUAAUGAACCGUGCCAGAAAGUGCGUGCUGUAUCUGCCCUCCCUGCCUCAGAACCGUGCGCUAAUGUGCAGACACGCCUGAUGGACAUGGGGUGGAAAUCUGCACGAAGAGCUUGAGAAACCAAGGCAAUCGAUGAGAGGCCGGGGGCUGGGUGAGCCGUGAGGGCAGGCCCGGAACGGGACGGUCCCCGGACGGGGUGUGCGGAGCGCGGCGCCAGGCGCAGAAGGGACAGGUUUCCCGCUGCCUCUCACGGGAACCCCCCGCUCCAGCAGGAGGGAGGUAGGCUCAGAUCGCCUCCAUCAAAGGAGCGGUAGGAAAGUGAAGUUCUAAGAUCGCUCCCUUGAUCCCGACUGGAAGAAACGGAAUCCAGUAAGAGCAAAGAGUAAAGAUGGCUGAAUUUACAGGCUACAAGGAAACUUCUAAUCGCCAUCUACGCUUCAAGUUGCAGAGUCUUGGCCGUCGUCUUGAUGAACUAGAGGAAGCAACAAAAAAUCUCCAGAAAGCUGAGGAUGAGAUUCUGGAUCUCCAGGACAAAGUUAUCCAGGUAGAAGGCAGCAAUUCUAGCAUGCUGGCUGAUGUUGAAGCACUGAGAAAAAGAGUGCUGAAAAUUGAAGGGAAGGAUGAAGAAAUCAAGAAAGCGGAAGAGCUCUGUCGGCUGAUGAAAGCAAAACUAGAAGAGGAGGAAAGUCUCACCCGUGAGCUUAAGUCAGAAAUCGAACGACUUCAGAAGCGAAUGGCAGAGCUGGAAAAGCUAGAGGAAGCUUUUGGCAGGAGUAAGAAUGACUGUACUCAGCUGUGCUUGAGUCUCAAUGAAGAGAAGAAUUUGACCAAAAAAAUCUCUACAGAACUGGAAAUGUUUAGGGUGAAAGUAAAAGAACUUGAAACCUCUGAAGACAGGUUAGAUAAAAUGGAACAGAGUUUAGUAAGUGAGUUAGAAAAACUGAAAUCUUUAGCUCUGAGCUUUGUUAAUGAAAGAAAACACUUUAAUGAAAGAGAAAAGCAGAAUGAGAAAAUCAUUCAAGAACUAACGCAAAAGCUUGAACAAAAUAACAAGCUAAACAGAGCUGAUCAAACUAGAAAUGCAUCAAAUUUGCUAGAAAGGUCAUCACACAGUCUUCUGGAUAGAAAUGACCUGAGAAUUGAAGAUGACUUGACUUCUUCGUUGGCUUCCAAAGAAGCCAGAAGAAAGGGAAGCUUAGAUUACCGAAAGCAUGUUGAAAAUGAAACCCGGAAUAAAUCAGAAAAUCAAAAGAAUAAAAAUCAAGAAGACAAUAAAGUGAAGGACCUGAACCAAGAAAUUGAGAAAUUAAAAACUCAAAUUAAACAUUUUGAAUCUUUAGAAGAGGAACUAAAAAAAAUGAAAGCCAAAAAUAAUGAUCUUCAAGACAGUUAUCUGAGCGAACAGAAUAAAAACAAGCUCUUAAUAGAUCAAUUAGAAGAAAUUAAAAUGCAAAUCAAAAAACAGAAAGACCUGGAGAAUGGAGAGGUGGAAAAUGAAGAUACGAGCUUCCCUGGCAGAGUCCGACACGACAAAUCUAAAUGCAGAGGUAUCACAGCCGAGCUAUCGGUUGCAAAACACAAGUCACGGGAGCUUUCGCCGCAGCAUAGACGUGAAAGGACACGGAACAGGGACUUCUCCUUUAAUAAUAACAAUUAUCUGCAAAGCAGCAAGCAAGUUUCCAGUCCCAGUUUAACCAGCACGAGAGCAACAAAGGCAUCUAGUAAACCUGCUCUGUUGGACACUGCGGUUGCCGAAACAAAAAGAGUGGAUCCACAAGACAGAUCAACAAUUUCUACAUACUUCUCCGUGCAGAAAGAUGUUCCACAGAGCGAAGGGAAGAAAUCAAGAGAGCAGCCCUCUGUCCUGAGUCGAUACCCCCCUGCUGCGCACGAGCAGAAAGCUUGGAGGAUGUCUUCAAAACCUGGGAAUGAAAGUGGGCUGAAGACUAAGGUUGAAAAGCUGUCUCAAACAGGUAGUGAUAUUUGCCACAGUACUUCUGAUGUGCUUAAUGAAAAACCCAACAAAGGAGAAACAUCUGUGUUUUUGGCAGAAAAAAUUAAAAUAACUCAAUUGGAGACAUCUGAUCACUGUGUGGAGGCGGUCUUUACCAAAAGUACCCAUGCAGCACCCAAUGGAACAGGCUUUUCACGGAGAUGCCAUCUUUCUCCACAAGUGCCAGCAGAUGAACCCAGUAGCUCGAAAGCAGAAGCAGCAGUGCCCUCUGCUCUGUCUCACAGGCAGCCCUUGGAAGGGAAGUCUAAAAGGACAAUCAACUCCCAGGAUAAAGAAUUUGCAGACGCUUUACUUGAAAAUGCAAAGCCUUCAGUUCUCAUGAGGCACUCGCACAACUCAAAAAGCCAGGAAGACAUUAUACAGAAUCUCACAGCUCUGGACAAAGAAGAACCGAACCAGAGCGCAGCCUCGAUAAGCGAUCUCACAAACAUUGGUCUGAAAUCAGACGCCUUGAGAUCCAAAGCCGUUAAACCAACAAGCGAUGAGAAACUUUAUCCAAAUGAGGAGAUAGGCAAAAGUAUGAAAGCUAGCAGCCAGUCGGAACUAGAGCCAAGAAAAAGACCUAAUUCCAGAGACUUUCCAAGCUCCAGAGGAGUAUUUAGAUCGUCUAUCUUUGAAAAUGAUAACAGUACUGGAAAUGAAGAAGAAUCCACCAAACCCAUCAAAAUACCUUCAGAUGCCACCAGCCUCGGAUUGAAAUCCAGAAGGUCAUUCAGCCCUAGAGAAGCCCUGAGAUCCAAAGCUGUUAUUAAGCCUGUAAUCAUUGAAAAGGACAUGAAAGAAGUAAUGGGAGGCACUGGGUCUGAAACAGUCUCUGAAAAACAGAAACCUGUCUUUAAAACCGUGACAAAUAAAAUGACAAGUAGCAUCACCAUCUUCCCCUCUGAGCCGGCCGCUCCAAAAGCCACCACAAAUGAGGCAACAAAGGAAAGACAUACUUCUACUAGCAAUAUCAGGGUUGCUCCAAGCGAGCUGCCAUCAGCAACAAAUAACAUCAGCACACCUUUCGAGAUCUCACUCAGCAAGAGCGACAUUGCUUUGAAAUUAUGUGAGGCGGACAGAACGGCGGACUCGGCUCUGAGAAACAAAGCUGAAACACUCGUUUCGAGAAGCAGCAUUAUGAUAAGAUCUUCUGAAUCCAUUGAGAAGAACAACAGCGAGCCACCAGCGGAGACAAUCAGCUGGAAGAGUCACAGGUCAUUAGAAACUCUCUCACCAGAGUCGAAGCACGUCACUGUGAGAAGUGCCUGGAGGACGAGGCAGGGCAUCCAUUCUUUUGAGGACUCUCCAUCCAAAGUGGAAAAAAGAAUAACUUCCACUAUUACAAAUACGAUCAAGUCAUCGUCAGACGUCUCUCAGACGGAAGGGACCAACGAAAGGAUAAAUUCAUUUGAGCAGAACUCGAGAAGGUCCAGCGCCACUACUAAUUCUUGGAGCACUCCGGAGUUAGGCUCUAGAAGGACCAAAAGUAGCUUAAGUGCAUCCGAGCUGCUCACGCACAGGAGCUACAUCACGGAUCCCAUGACAGCGUGGAGUCCUACUGCAUUACCGGAGGAGAAUAAAGAUCUUAUACGCAGCUCCAGAGGAAAACAAUAUGGCUCUUCUGACCAGCUCUCUCAAGCUGACACUCCAGGGAGAAGGCCAGCCUCCAAGACAGAUCUGCAACAGGAUGCAGAUCUUCAAGCACAGACAGGCAGUAAGACAGAGGAACAGGGUAUUUCUCGCUCCUGCCGGAUGACCUCUAGGAGAUGAACUUCAUUUCUUUCCACCAAACAACCACUCCAUUUCGUGGGGCAAGAAACAGGAUGUUACCAGCUGCAUGGAUGUCAUUCCUGGCCUGUAAACUCCUCACUGUGAGCCUGGAACCUGUUUUCUAAUGUGAUUUGUGUAGGACAGAAGUUUUACCAGCGAAAUUUCCUCUGCUGCCAGGGAGGAUGCUACAGAGACUUCACUCAGGGGAAUCCCACUUUGUCUCUGUGCCCAAGACUGGAAUUGUCUCUGUGGGACUACAGCCCUGUCUCCAUAGGGGAACCCUUUUGGGUGUAUAACCAUUGCUUCUACACCAAGCUGUGGUACUUGCAGGAACUCAAGCAAACUCUCCUUAACCACUUUUAUUUAGAAAAAGAUGCCAGAGCCACCCUAGCAACCAUGAUGUAGCUGCUCUUCACAGCAGGGCAACACAUCUGGAUUUCUACAAGAAAUCUCAGCUUCCUCCAGGUGUGGAAGAGUUGGAGUUUGCAUUAUUCGUGAUCUGCCUUUGCUAUUGCUCCACCUCUCCAAGGACAGAUUACAGUGAAGCCAAGACAUGAGACUGGGCUACAGUCAGACCUUGCACCAGAAAAGCAUGUGAGCUCCCAACCCUCUUAAUUGAUAUUUAGAAGGAAGCACUUUUCCCCAGAUCACAUCACUCAAAUGUUGUAAACUGCUGUGCUGGGCAGGAGCAAGAAGAAUAUUGCUUAAAUGUAGCUUCUUCCCGAUCCCUCCCGCACCUGCUGCGACAGUCACUGCAUAACUCAAGAUCCACAUUUCAUUGGCCAGGUUUUACAAUAUGGGACUAUUUGUUUGAGCCAAACAAGACAGCAAUACUCAUCCCAAUGCAAUGUUAUGCUGGGUUGGACCUGGGUGCCUUUUGGCCAGAGCUCUGUGUUCUCCCACCCCCAAGAGUCACCAGCUCUGCCUCCCAGCUUCAGCUCCUGAACACUGCAUUUAACAUCCUACCCUCAGGGGGCUACACAACCCCCUCACCACCCCUCCCAAAGCUGGUUUUUUUCCUUCGAAAAGGUGAGUGAAAUGCACAGCGGAGCUGAAUCCUGUGCUCAACUUGGAUCCAUAAUGCUCAGGCUGCUUUGGGGCAAACCUGUGCCCCUCCCCACAACCCCUCUCCCAUGUCUCUCUGUGGCCUAUGCCUUCAGCGGGGCAGGGAAGAGGAAGGUACUGCACUGGUCGGGGGUAGGAGCACAAAGUCCAUCAAAGCCCAGCCACCACAAACUUCCUCCAGGACUGUGCUAAUGAUGGGGCCUGUGCAAAGCUGCCAGCUCAACAAGGAGCAAGCAUCUCUCCUGCAAAGCCCUGUUGCCUGCAGCUGUGCAGUCUGGUUCUGCUUGUUCUGGGGAAAGUGAUAGAUGGGGACUCAUAGGUUGGCCUAUGGGAACAGGAGAGCUACCCCUUCUCCCCAUCCCCAUACCUGUCCCAACACUUCUUUUUGCCUGUCAGGCAUAGCUGCUGCCCCUGUACAAGGUCACCUGAGGGUCCUGCAGCCUCGGGGUAUCAAGACAUAGCGGGGGAAGGAACAAUAGGACAAAACCCAUCCCUUCUGGAUCCACCCAAUUGCCAUGCACUGUCCUAGGAGACAUGAAGUAGCUUGGUCUGGUGGCAGCCAGAUACGGUUUAGUCUUCCUCUGAGCCCACAGCCUAGCAUGUCCGGCACUGUCGCCUCUCACCCAGCACAGGAACAUUCCUGAUGAUUUUCUCCUUAGCACCGUAGUGGGGAAGGCAUGCUUGUCUUCUUGCCCCUGUUCAGCCUGGCCCAAUAAGGAUGGCAGGGCCUACUUUCAAAAGGGGUCUGAGCUGCAUGUCAUUGCGGCCAGGGGAGGAGGGUGAUCUGCUACAAACUUUGGCUAAGUAACUUAAGGCUUUCCUGUGACAGGGGUGUAGGUCGUAGCCGUGUUGGUCUAAGGACAUAGGCAGACCAGGUUCUUUGGGUGAAACUGGUAUCUUUUAUUAGACCAACUUAAAUAGUUGAAAAAAAAUUUUUUUUAGCAAGCGUUUGGAUUUAAAAACUCUUCAUCAGGCUGAGGAAUCCUCUGUGGUCUGUGUGGGCUCCUCCUGGAUGGCAUGAAUAGUAAAGCUUGGCACAUGGGGCGGUUUAGCUCUCAGAUACAGGCCUGUCUACCACAGGGCCCAGCAGCUGUUCGACUACCUCCUUCACCUCCUGUAGUUUACCUGCUGCUUACCAGUAAGAUUGCAUCCCCUUGCAUCUCACACCACUCCCACAGGGCUAGUGGGGAUGGGCUCUCAACAUAGGCUGACACAGAUCUUACUUGGCAGUUCCCAGGUGGUGGGCUCUGGGCUCUCGCCUCCCAGCUACAUAGCUGUGGCUUGAUUGUAAGGAAUUAUUUUAACAUCAGCAGUGGUGCCAUCUGCAGCAGCUGAAUGAAUGCCUUACUAAGCUAUCAGCCACACUGGAGCUCCUGACCCAUCUCUCUCUCUGCAGGCAGGACCUUCCCUGUUUGAUGCAACAGCUGCUGAGCGUUUUUACUGUAAAUGCUCAGGGCUAGAUCUUCAAAAGCUGCUGGGCACCUUUUAGUGUCCGAUUCCACCUUUGUACAUGCCAUUGAUGUUCUCCCCACCUGGCUGCUGCCUAACCCCCAAAAGUGUCUAUAUUUUUGGUGACCUAGGCAAUGCUUUCUAAGCGUUGAUGCUGCACAGCGAAGGCUGUGUAGAGCACUAGCAGAAGCCGAAGACAGUAUAGUUCAAUGUUAGGUGACUUGAUAGCGGCCUACAAGUAUGUCAGAGGUGAACGCCAGGAUCUAGGGGAGCAGCUCUUCAGGAAGGCACUUCACGGGGGGAUGAGGAUCAAUGAGCAUAAGCUAAUAGAGGACAAAUUCAGGCUAGAUGUAAAGAAAGGACUUUUUUCUCUUUAAGGGUCACCAGAAUCUGGGACACACUCCCAGCAGAAGUGGUGUGAUCACCCUCCUUGGAGGUGUUGUAGAUGGGGCUGGACAGGUACCUCAUUGAGCUCACCUGAGCCCAGUAACUUCCUGCCCAUAGCAGGGGACUGGACUUGAUGAUCUUACAGGUCCCUUCCAGUUCUGUGGUUAUUCCCUCUCUAUCUUGCCAGUGGGACCCAAUGCCAGCUGAAUGCUCUAAGCAUGACAAACUGCAGGGUACCAAAAUCUGGAAGGACAGUAUAGCACUUGCCCAAAAUACAACCAGAAAAGGAAGUAAAGAUGUGUGACAGUAGUGAGUUGAACCCUCAUCUCCCAUGUCCUGAGUGAGCCUGUAGCUCACUCCAUGAAUAUACAAGUACGGGCUCCUCAGCUCAGAACACGGUAUGGCUGGACCUUCGGCUGCUUCCCUGUGACAUGGCAAACUUGGGUUUAACCAAAUCAGGCAAGGAGGAAUAAGAACCUGGCUGUCCGUGUAUGCCCAGUGAAGACUAGCUGGGUAUCUGUAUUCUCGUGUUACAUCAAGAAAUGAACAUGAGCUCCCCAAGCAGCUGACUCCUGAUUUCAGGAGGGGUUCCUGGCUGAGGAGCUUGAGCAGGGCUGGCACUUGUUUGGCUACAGCAAUGUGUUGCCUGGUGCUUCUGGCUGAAGACAAAGUUAGAUACCUGCACGCCCCACAGUGCAUUUCUAAGGAUCACUUCCUUAGGCACCUACCUCUUCUUGCAUAGUUUAUGGGGAGCCUGGAGUUUAAUUUUGGAUUCAGGCAUCCAAUAGUUGGCUGCUAGGGCACCUAGGGGAUGGUCCCUGAACACAGAAAGCCUCGCAUCCCUUUGAAGAUCCAGCCUUCUGCUAUGUUGCCAUUCCCACAGGAAAGGAGUGGAAUCAGUCCCGUAGCUACUGAGUGGCUUUCACCUGCUAGCAGGUUAUUGGGAUGGGUCUGUACUCGUGGCACAAAGGUCAGACUGAGCAGAGCCCUUGAACUGUCAUUCCACGUCUUCCUGUUUAGGGCCAAGUACCUAAACACAGGCUCCCUGGCUCUUUUCACUCCCUUCUUCCUUUCCAGCAGUCUGAGCCUAGUAUACCAGUAUCACAGCUCUUCCCAAGAGAAUUCAUUUCAUUCCUUACUGGGGAAGCUUGGACUUUGUAGUCACCAGGCUCUGCUUGUGUACAGCCUCACACAAGCUUAUCUUCAUUGCCCAGGCCCAACAGCCUCCCAGCACACCCCAAACAUAUCUGAUGUUAGGAAGUAAAACAGUGCAAGCCCCCAGAGCAAAUGCAGCGAGCCUAUUUGUUACUCAAAAGAGUGUCUCAGUUGUUACUGGAACCCGUUCAUAGCCAGCAUCAGCAGCCUUUCAGCUGUACACCUGAGAGGACCAAGAGUACUGAUGUCCUCCCCAAACACAACAGGGGCUUCCCACAAAAAAAACCUGUAGAAGCCCACACAGUGGAGUU